AUCGGCACGCCUCGAGGCAACUCCUUCGCGAUUCUCGCCUGCAAAGUCGUAAUCCGCGUCUCUAGACUCUAUUUUGCAGACAGCAUGGCGAACUUCCAUGGGUGUCCCCAGCCGCCACCCCUUCAUUUCGAUGCUAUCCGCAUAGUGACCUUCUGAGCCAUUCCAUUCAUCUUAUUCGGAGUUUCUUGCCUAGUCCUUUUUCUCAACAGGUUGACUUAAGACGAAUAGCAGACUCGGACAUGAGUAGAUCGUACUCAGGUCACGCUGGACCAUCGUCUAGUGCUCCAUUACAGGACAGAGAAGAUGCACCUCUCCUCCGCUCAGGAUCUCCAACAAACUAUGGAUCCAAUGAUAUACCUGAUGUUGAGGAAAUAGUAGUCGAUGCCAGUAUCAAGGACUCGGACGGAGAGCAGUCCAUCUCAGGCGCGCUUGGCGAUGAAGGACAAAAUUGUACCCUACUAGAUGGUGUACCUAAGGAGCAUAGACAACUUGGUACCUUUAGUGCAGCAUUCUUGAUAUUUAAUCGUGUCAUCGGAACGGGGAUAUUCGCAACUCCAAGCGUAAUCUUGCGCUCGUCAGGAAGCGUUGGCCUAUCCCUUGUAUUAUGGUUGCUCGGAGCCAUAGUUGCUGCAUGUGGCACGGCUGUUUACAUCGAGCUUGGGACGGGUAUCCCGAGGAGCGGUGGGGAGAAAAACUACUUAGACUUCAUCUAUAGAAGACCUCGAUACCUUGCCAUCUGCAUGUACGCUAUGUAUGCUGUCUUCAUCGGAUGGUCAUCCGCAUCAACGUCUGUCUUCGGUGAAUAUGCGCUUCAUGCCCUCACCUCACGCACACCCUCCCCUAUCUCAAUCCGCCUCACCGGCUUGUGUUGCAUAACAUUCGCCUUCCUGCUCCACAGUACCCACUUAAACUGGGCUAUCCGACUACAGAACGCCCUUGCAGUAUUCAAGUUAGUUGUCCUUGUGGUGAUGGCAUUGAGCGGCUUGGCUGUUCUGUUUGGUGUACGAGGGUUUGAGUUGGAUGAGCCCCCGAGGAACUUUGAGUGGAGUACAAUGUGGGAGGGGAGUUUAAGUGGGGGUACGAACGCGUUCGUGACCGGGAUGUACAAUGUUAUCUGGUCAUUCAUUGGCUACUCAAACGCCAACUACGCCCUUUCCGAAGUCAAGAACCCAAUCCGAACGAUGAAAAUAGCUGCACCUCUCGCGAUGCUAUCCAUCACUCUGGUAUAUUUUCUCGUCAACGUUGCAUACUACGCUGUUGUGAGUAAAGAGGAGAUUUUGGGGAGUGGCCGGAUUGCUGCAGCCUUGUUCUUUGGGAAGCUUUGGGGUGAUAGGACAGAGCGGAUACUUAGCGGUGUUGUUGCAUUGUCCAUUCUGGGCAACACACUUGCGGUUCUCUUCUCACAUGGAAGAGUCAUUCAAGAACUCGGGCGGGAAGGGAUACUUCCCUUCUCGUCUUUCUUUGCCAGUAAUAAACCGUUCGGGGCGCCAAUGGCAGGGUUGUUCGCUCAGUGGUUCGUGAACUCGAUAUUGGUGGUUGCAGUUCCUGCCGGAGAUGCAUAUCACUUUAUGCUCAAUACAUCGACGUAUCCUAUAUCGCUCAUCAACACGUUCGUCUCCCUCGGAGUGUUACUUCUGAAAUCAUCGGUACUCAAGUACGAAUGGAAGCCACCCUUCCAAGCCUGGUGGUCUAUUACAUGUUUCUUUUUCAUUUCAAACGUGUUCCUCGUCGUCGCGCCGUUGAUUCCUCCUGCCCGGGGUUUCCGUCCCUACGAGAGGCUACCUUACUGGCUGCACGUUCUGGUGGCAUUCUCAAUAUCCUUGGUCGGCAUUUUGUACUGGUACAUCCGCUUCGUUUGGCUUCCUUCAGGUGGAAAGUAUCGACUUGUCCGUCGUCAGGUUGUUCAGGAAGACGGAAUCACCAGGACAGUAGUGAAGCGAUUGGCGCUUUGACGUGUAUAUGUUCUUUACAAGAGCAUGCAAGUUCCAGAAUACACUCGUAAAAUUUAUUCAGGAUCG